AUGUUGAUUGAAGGCAAGAAGAAUGCCGCAAAAAAUGCUGGAAAAGCUGCGCCAGACUGGAAGACGCAGUUUCAGUGGUCGGACCACGUCGAUACGUUGCUUACGGACACUUUUCACUUGCCUGGUUUCCGAUCCGUCCAGCAAGAGGUCAUCAAUGCAGCGCUGUCAAAUAGAGACGUGUUUGUAGUCAUGAGAUCUUGUUGUGGCAAGAGCCUUUGUUAUCAGUUUCCUGCACUGCUUCAUGGGAAUAUUGGUUUUACGGUUGUCAUCUCGCCGCUAAUCUCGCUCAUCCAGGACCAAGUGAUGCUGUUUAAUGAUAUUGCUGGAGAAGGUGCAGCGUGUCAGUUGUCCGGCGAGCAGUCACGUGCAGAAGCAUCUGCCAUUUAUAAGCUUUUGUUGACUGUGGAUAGCAAGCUAAGGAUUUUGUUAAUUACUCCUGAAAAGCUCAUCAAAAGCAAGCUCCUCAUGUCGGGUCAGUGGGGGCACGACUUCCGAAGUGAUUACUCAAAGCUGGAAAUCUUAAAGCGACAGUUUCCCACAGUUCCCGUGUUGGCACUUACAGCUACAGCAACGCCACGCUGA